AUGUUUUUCUCUCGUCUUCCAUCUCUCUCUCUCGUUCUAUCUCUCUCUCUCAAUCUUCACGAGAUUCGCACAUUCAACAAGCCACCGCCGUGGCUCGACCUCCCUCUGAAAAAGGGGCUGACAGUCCUCAAACACCUCAGCGGGCUCGGUGGGCCCACCAAGUCGUGGCGGAAUCCGGCGGCGUCCUCUUCUUCGUCCGCUGCCUCAGCAGAGCCCAGAGCCCCAGAUCUCAUCGAGAUCAACCUCCCGCCGCCGCCGGUCCCCUGUCGGAAGUUCAGAUACGACCCCGACAAGCUGGACGCCUUCGGCUACUUCUACACGAGGACGGAGGACUACCAGCGCUCCGGCGGCCAGGGGAUCUACUUCAAAGGCUACUCCCACAACUACCUUAUCGCCCUGGACGCGAACCUCUCCGCCUGCUACAUACAAAACGGCCUCAGGGGCGGGCUAAUUUUCCCACCGCCGUGGGACAGCGGCGUUCCGUUCAAAUCCGCCACGUUGUCCUCCUCCUCCUCCGCCUCCUCCUUCUACUCCGUGGAGACGAUGGUCAUCACCGGAAUCUCGACCCCUGCCUUUGGGUUCUACUUUUACACCUGCAAGAGCAAUCUCCGGGAAAAUGGAUGGACUUACGUAAACUGCACUGUUGUAGAUCCGUACUCGGCCGCCGCCGGCGAGUAUAUGGAAUUCACUAAUGCAAUUGGGCUCGAGGGGAAAUACUACGCUAUUAGCCGGCAGGGGAGUCUUGCUGUAAUCGAGGACGUCAGCAACACCAACACCUGCGACUACCACUACCAGAUUACAGCUGUAGGAGAAAAUCGUGCCGUGCCCAGCUGCCAAGGCACAAAGCAUUUCAGGGAGCACUUGCUCGAGUACGGUGGGGAGAUCUAUUUGGUUUUUCUGGUUUCAAAAAAAUGGGUGGAAGUGGUGGACCGAGUCGAGGUUUUCCGGCUCGACAGGUCGAGGCUAGUGUGGGAGAACGUGGAGAAGAUGCUUCCGGAAGACGGGCUGUUUUUUGUCGGGCCCAAGGUGUGCAUGGGGAUUAAAUCGGGCCUUGUCGGUUGCAAGGGGAACCGAGUCUACUUCAACCAUGAUGGGGCCGAUACUUGGCAUGUCCUCGAUAUGGGCUCGGGAAAAAUUUCACAGACUUCUGGGCCAGAAGUGGAUCUUACUGAGGCCCACAUUCCGGGUAUAAUUUCUACUGUCCUCGACUACUGA